AUGGCUUUGUUUUCAGGGCUUCUGCUUCUAAUACUAUUUCUACUCUCUGUGGAGUCGAGCACUCGAGCAAACCAAUUUGGUGACGUACACUUAGGUUCUCAGUUAUCUCCCAUCUCUAGCUUACAUUCAUGGCUAUCCCCUUCAGGCCAAUUUGCAUUUGGCUUCUAUCCACAAGAAAAUGGAUUUGCCGUAGGCAUAUGGCUCGCCGGUCAACCUAAGAACACAGUUGUCUGGACUGCGAAUCGAGAUGAAGCACCAGUCUCCUCCAAUGCUACAAUUCACUUAUCGGAAGAAGGUAGGCUGCUUCUUCGAACUGAGCAAGACUACGAAAAUCUGAUUGCUAACGUAUCAGAAGUCGCAGAUUCAGCUUCAAUGCUUGAUUCUGGUAAUUUUGUGCUUUACAGUGGUUCUCAGGUUAUUUGGAAAAGCUUUGAUUUCCCAACUGACACCAUAUUAGUAGGUCAGAAUCUUAGUUAUUCUGAUGAAUUGAUUUCAAGUGUAUCCAGCUCAAAUCACUCAAGUGGAAGGUUUCUCCUCCGGAUGCAGGCGGAUGGAAACCUUGUCGCCUACCCUGUAAACAGCGCUGCUCUAGUUGAUGAUGCUUACUGGGCCAGCAAUACUAACAAAUACAUGGGGUUGAAUCUCUAUCUCAAUCACCGGGGAUUUCUGUUCAUGGAUAUGAACGGUUCUAAACCACUGUUAUUGGCAAGAAGUGCUUACCCCUGUGAGAACAAAACAGCAAUCUUUCGUGCAACACUUGAUGCUGAUGGGGUUUUUAGGUUGUAUUCACACUGCUUGAAGAACAAAACAACCUGGAGUGUGCAUAUUGAGUGGUCUGCAAAGAAUAAUCUAUGUGAUGUCCGUGGCUUCUGUGACUUUAACAGUUACUGCUCUGGAAUAGGCACUGACGCGGGCUGUUCCUGUUAUCCUGGAUUUGCUUUUAAUGACCCCAAUAAGAGAUUCAGUGGAUGCUACAAGAAUGUCAGUGAAAGUUUUUGUACAGGCAGCGAAGAAGGGCAAAUGUACGAUGUCAUAUCCAUAGAGAAUAUAUUGUUUGAACGGUAUCCUUACUCUGUCCAAGAAGGAAAGAAGGAAAAUUGUGGUUUGUUUUGCCUGGAAGAUUGUCUUUGUGAUGUUGCUAUGUUUAUCAAUGAGAAGUGUGAAAAGUAUACUGCACCAAUUCGAUAUGGUAUAAAAGAUAGAAACAUAUCAUCUACAGCCUUCUUCAAGGUGAAAGCAAACCCAAGCCCUUCUCCUGCUGCACCUCCAAUGAGCCCGACAAUCAUUAUAGAAAGCAAGAAAAGUUUAAUCGUGUUUCUUGCUAUAAUUUUUGGCUCCAUUGCUUUCUUGUGUUUCAUCAUUGCAAUCUCUACUUUCUUUGUGUACAGGGAUCGAGCUUAUCUAUACGAAAAGCUAUCGGGAGUCAUAAGCUUGGCUGGAGAGUUUACUCUGCAGUCAUUUUCAUAUACUGAGCUUGAGAAAGCAACAGAUAGUUUCAGGGAAGAGUUGGGUAGGGGUUCAAUUGGAGCAGUUUAUAAAGGGAAAAUACCUGGGGGUGAAAAAACUGUUGCUGUUAAGAGACUUGAGAAAGUUGUAGACGAAGAAGAAAAGAAGUUUCGAGCAGAAAUAAUUGUCAUUGGACAAACUUACCACAGGAACUUGGUUCGAUUGCAUGGUUUUUGCAUUGAGGGCUCUAGGAGGCUUCUCGUCUAUGAAUACUUGAAGAAUGGCACUCUUGCAGAUCAUCUGUUCACGGCUGAGAGGCGCCCCACUUGGAAAGAAAGAGUGAGGAUUGCUCUAGAUAUAGCUAGAGGAAUACUAAGCAGUAUAAAAGCUGACGUUUCAACAGCAGAUGAUCAAAUGGUUCUUUCCAGUUGGGCAUAUCAAUGCUUCGUAGCUGGACAGUUGGAUGAGCUCGUGAAGGAUGAACAUAUAGAAUACGAGUCACUGGAAAGAAUGGUGAUGGUCGGGCUGUGGUGUGUUCAGCAUGAUCCGGCUUUACGUCCUUCUAUCAAGAAUGUGAUCUUCAUGCUAGAAGGGUCCAAGGAUAUUCCAGCUCCACCAUCCUAA